ACGCCGCUCCUGGGGCGGGGCCUCCCUCCGGCCGGCAGGGGGCGCGCGCCUGGAGAACAGGCAAGCUUUCAUGGAGGGGGCGGAGGCGGAAGCGCGGGAGUGGGUCGCUGUGGCCCGGGACCUGCAAGCCUUAGGGUAUGAGGGUUUCUCGGGGGCGACGUCGCUGGGCACCUCGUGUCCAGACUUCAGGGCGCUGUGCGCGCGGCUGGCGGCGGAGCUGGCCACUCUGGGCGCCCUGGAGCGGGAGCGGGAGGAGAGCGCGGAGGUGCUGAGGGACGGCGACGACCCCGGCGCAGAAGAGGAAUUCCUGCGACAGUUGGCCGACCUGCUGCGGGAGUUGCAUUGCCCGGACCGCGAGCUCUGCGGCGGAGACUGCGCGGCCGCGCUGCGGGAGCGCGGCGCGUGCCUGCGCCUGCUGCGUGAGCCCGGGGCUGGCCCAGGAGGCGGAAGCUUUCUCUGUUCAGAACUUCAGGCUGCCCGCCUCCUCCGUCUGUACCCGCGGCUGGAUUCCAGCGCCGCACCGCCCUGUGGGGAAGGGGCAGAGGAGGGAGAUGACGUGGUUCAGGAACUGGUCCUUACCUUCCAAGCUCUGGGGCUGCCCAGACCUACGCCUGGGACCGCUGCCAGCCGGCUGCUGUGGGAGUUGCAUGACAAGAUCUCUGAGCUGCUGCCUUCCCUGCCCCCAGGAUUCCUGCAGCCCCUCCUCAGCAACCCGCUGGACGCACCCAGAUGGGAGGCAUUGGAGUCUCUGUGCCAAAGGCUGAGAGAUCAGUACUGCUGUCGACGCUGCCUUCUCCUCAAGCGCCUGGACCUCACAACAUCUGCCUUCCACUGGAGCGAUCGGGCAGAGGCCCAAGGAGAAGCCAUGAAGGUAGUGCUGAUCCCAAUUCGAGAGGCUCUGAGCCCAGAAUCAGAUGUCUCCAUCGCACAUGUCCUGGCUGCCCGAGCGGACCUGUCUCGUCUUGUCCCAGCCACCAGCAAGGCUGCCCGCCGAGGGACCUGCUGUGCCAUCAACAAGGUGCUUAUGGGCAACGUGCCAGACCGAGGGGGCCGUCCAAAUGAGCUGGAGGCUCCCAUGCCCAGCUGGCAAAGCAGAAGAGAGGACGGAGGUGGGCGGAAGGCAGGCCGCCAGAGCUGGGGUCGCAAGAAGAAGAAGAAGUAAAGGGGAACUGGUGGUCGAGUGGGGGGGGGAUCCUCUCUGCCAAUCCUCGCGGAGUCAUUUUGAGAGUUUAUCUUGGCAUCUGGCUCCCAGGCCCCACAUCCUCUGUUCCUAAGGUCCCAGAUGUCCUUCCCCCAUCCACCACUCAACAGCAAGGACCACGUUCUCUAGAAAAUAAAUUUAAUUUAUGACA